CAUCGCCGAAGGAAUAUGGCCGACCAACCUCCUGCUGCGGCAACGCCGCUGCCGCCGCAAGGUAGCUUCACGGUCGUGGUGGGCAACGUCCGUGUAGCGAACUCGUCAAACAACCAAGGCGAACCGUCUCCUUCGUUUUGGGCGUCCGUGGAUGCCGUGACUGGUUCUGGCGACUCGGCAAUCUCGUCCGCGGCGCUCUGGUGGGCGUCUACUCCCGACACUGCAGCGCGAAUGAAUACGCCUGUGCUGACGGUGCAGCAUCAAGCAGUGGAGGACGAGGACGACGAUCCCGAACCACAGCAGUCGUUUCGAUAUGCCCAGCCAUCGAAAUUGUUCACACUCACGGAUGCAGCAUUGAUUCCGCAGCUAUGUGCUACUGUCGUGCGUGUUUCACUCUACAAAGGCAUCGCGCGCGACAAAGACGUAGACGUGCUAGUAAAGGCUGUCGACGUGCCGUUGCGACCACUCGUCGUGGCUAUUCAAGUCGACAAGACCAUUGCAUUCUCCGACGACGUCAGCGUGCAAGUCGGCGUGUCGUUUGAUGUAGCGUUCGCAGAGUACUUCAAAGGCGCCAAAGCACUCUCGGUCGUGUCGCUUACGAUCCGCCAUCUUCCGCAAGAGUGGAAGCUCGUCGCGAAAGAAGGUGAAGACGUCGUAGUCCUCGCGGCAUCCCCCGACACGAACCCUGCGAAAUACAUGGCUACGAUCGCGUUGCCAGGUCUUGGCGGCAUCAACGGGGCAGAAACCAUGCCUAGUGUCACGUUGGCGCUGGAAGGCAAGCUCGAAGUCGACAAUUCAAAUCGGGCUGCGGACACGGAAGGUGCCACCACCGAGAGCCCCGCCAACGUGGAUGGCAUGUGGCAAGUGUCGUUGAAACCAACCGACCCCACACAGCUGUGGUUCCUGACCAAGGACCAGGCAAAUCUGUGUCUGGAGUGGAUCGAGGGCCAGGCCAAAGCAGCCAUAGCUAUCCAACGCAUUCAACCAGGAACAGAUCCAUGGACCGCGUCGUCGUCGCUGUCCCUCGCGACAGCCCUCGUGCCAGGAACGGAAAUGGUGUGUUCGAUCGCCCCAUUGGGCCAAGGCGUUGCCCCGACCCGAGAAAGCCUGGAGGAAGCCCUUGCAAAGGCUACGACCAACGACGACAAGAAGAAGGCGCAAGCCGCUUUGAACGAUUUCGACAAUGUUCUUUCGCGCAUCGCGGGACAAGCUGCGUCGUACGUGAGCGCUGGCGCUACGUGUCAUGUCGAGUGUGUGCUCCUUCCCGGUCCGUGGAUCCCGGUUCCCCCCGUGCCAACGCCCCCUGCCAUGAGCCUCCAGGAGCUCAUUCCCCCUCGCGCCCCACUCCCCCCUUUUCCCCAGCGAGACGCCCAAGUGUCGAUGCACAAGGAGCUGCGCAAAGUCGUGUCGAUGCUGAUGAAAGAAUACGACAAGUUGUUCCUGCAAUCCACGGACGACGACAGAGACGACGACGACGAAGAGGACGAGUGCCCGCUGUCCAAGGAAGACCGGCGCCAGAAGCUCAUAUUUCAUCUGAAUGCCGAAGGCUUGUACUUUGAUUUUAAGGAAAAGCUCAAGAAAGCCCUGGUCGCGGUGAUUCGAGAAAAGUUUCCGACGCUGGGAAACGCACCUUCGCCAGCGCCCCCCGGCACGACCGCCCUCGGCGCCCUCGCACCCCCUCAACGACAACACAAGGCGGACUUUUACGCGCAGCUGUACACGUACUUGAUGGAGGAAGUCCAUGUCGUGAUGAACGGGGUCUUUCACGGCGCCGAAGUCCACGAGGCACACGAUGAGUCCCCGGACGCGAUUCGCACCAAACUGGCCACGAUGAAGCUGCAAGCGUGGGAGCGAGAGGUGAAUGGCCAGCUCAAGAAGGCGACUACGUCCUACACAGAUCGCGUCGACCUCGCUUCAAAGUAUGAGCGCGAUCUCCCCGAUCUCCAAGCUCCCGUCUGGUUCGAGUUUGCUCUGUUUUACCUGCGCACGCAAGAUUUGACCAAAGCGGGGGAGUGUUUACGGCAAUGCCUGGCUAUCGAUGCAACUCAUGUUGGCGCUGUCCAAGCAUAUGGAGCCCUCUUGUGCCAGAACCGAGAGUUUGACGCGGCCGAGAUCGUCCUGAAGAAUGCCCUCUUGAUAUCCCCGGCCCCCAAUGCUACCCACCAGGCGCGAACCCACGGCCUUCUCGGUUUGUUUUACUCGAUAUCCAAAGCAGACGCGACGGGGAACCUUCGCCUGCACGAGCUUAUGCAAGCCACCGCGAUAACAAAAUGCACCGCGACUUUCUCGUCCCCGACAGCCGAGUGCAUCGCGAUCGCGGCGUACUGCAAAGAUCUCGGUCUGUUUUCGCUCGCGCACGAUGCGCUAGCCUUGGGGGAUGCUGUCACGAAACCCAAGACCGUGCUCAGCACCGCUGCCCUUGCGACGCAAAAGCUUGUCCGGGGCGCCAUUGAGCUCCACGUGGGCAACUUUGUACAAGGAAGGCAAUGGUGUCAGGAUGGACUCGACGUCGACCCCGACUUUGCCGACGGAUGGUACGUCCAUGGGUUGCUGGCUUCCCGACAAAACGAUCUCGCGGUCGCCCUCUCGAGCUAUGGGCAAGCCCUCGGCCGCAUCGACAAGCUCCAUGACAUGUAUCGGUUGCCGCUAUUCUUGCAGCUCGGCGCGCUGUAUAUGCACCAUCAGCAAUGGGGUCCCGCGAAAGCUAUCUUCCUCCGCGCGUGCCACGAAACCACCGUCGCGUCUGCGUGGCUAGGUGUCGGAGUGGUGUCGGUUCGCCAAGACGACUGGGAAGGCGCCGAAAUGGCGCUUGCGGAAGCCAAUAUUUUGGAUCGCACGAAUGCAGACGUGUGGGGGUACCUCACCCUCGUAUGCCUCAACGCGACCCCGCCCCGCCUCAAGGAAGCAGAGCAAGCGCUGGAACAGGCCCUGCGCUACGGCUUGGAGAACACCACGUUGCUGCGCGAACUCAGCAAUGGGUUUGUUGCACAAGACAAGUUGGAAGUGGCCGAAUCUCUGUUGCGCCGGUCGCUCUUGACUGGCGACUCGUCCAUCACGCGGAAAACCCUCGCGGACGUCCUGGCAGCUCAAAAUUGUGCAUCGACUGCGCUGGAACAAUACAAGAAGGCCCUGGAAGGGUGCGACGCGAUGAGCGAGCGUGCAACGUUGUUGAAUCAAUGCGCCAACUUGCUCAGCACCCUCGGGCGCCUCGAGGAAGCCAAGGAAUAUCGCGACAUGGCGCGCCACCAGCAAGAAGGAGCCGACAAUGAAGCUCUCAUGGGGCGGCAGGUCCAACAGCGAGUCGAAGUCGAGUCGUAACAUACACAUGCAUGUAUCGCUGCAAACAGGGGGCGUGGUGUUUGCUUCACACCAAGCCCCCUCCGCAGCAGGGGGGCGAGCUCGCCCAAGAGUCUAGACGCCCAUAGCAGGGAUGCAUAACUUGCGCGAGAGAGAACUGACAUUGAUCUGCAA